AAGGCUAUAAUUUUGAAAAAUCUUUAGUUAAAAUGGAGAUAGUGAAAAAUAUGGAUAAUUAUGAAUUUAGAGAUGAUGAUGUCUUCAUAAUCACAUAUCCAAAAUCUGAUUUCCAAGACAACUGUUGUAUACUUCAAAUUCUCAAAAACAAGAAAAAAAAAAAAAAAAAAAAAAAACCUUGAGUGGUGUGGUUUCCUAGAAGGAUUAUUCUUGAGGUUUGUGAAGCCAACCAAGACAUGCAAGUUAUAAGUACUCCUGUUUUAUUAUGCAGUCCUAUUGGGCAUUAAGAUGGACUCAAAUUCCUUUUGUGAAGGUACCAUCUGGACUCAGCAGAUCCUCAGCCUGAUUUAUUUUGAGGGCCACAGGAAUAACACCGAAAAUAUGCAAACAAUGGAUAGAGCACCAUUCUUUGAGUACAAUGUUCAUAAUUUGGACUAUGCCAAAAUGCCAUCACCUCGCAUCUUUGCUUCCCACCUCCCAUAUUAUUUAGCACCAAAAGCACUCAAGAACAAAAAAGUCAAAAUUCUUUAUAUCUACAGAAAUCCUAAAGAUGUUUUGACCUCCUAUUACUAUUUCUCAAAUUUGAUCGCUGUACUUCAAGAUGCAAAUUCUAUAGAAAAUUUUAUGCAAAGAUUUCUGGAUGGAAAACUGGUAGGAAGCCUUUGGUUUGACCACAUAAGAGGCUGGUAUGAACACAGACAUGAUUUCAACAUCCUGUUCAUGAGCUUUGAAGAUAUGAAGAUGAACCUCAAAAGCUCAGUGCUUAAAAUCUGCAGUUUUCUGGAGAAAGAGCUGAGUGAAGAAGAUAUAGAUGCUGUUGUGAGACAAGCUAUGUUUCAGAACAUGAAAUCUGACCCACGGGCAAAUUAUGACGACAUUAUAAAAAAUGAAAUUGGGGUAAAAAAUGAUGAGGGAAGAUUCCUUCGCAAAGGUAAUAUUCAGUAGCCUGUGGCAGCAAAACUGCUGUGUGUUCUCUGUAGUCCUUGGAUGUAGGAGAAAUAACCAGUUUCUAAAGUAUUUCUCUAGGUGAUAAAAGCAUUUGAAAGACUCAAAUAUUUUAGCUGAAAGAGGUUCUGAAGAGUUUCUAGUGGUGUUUUAAUACAAAAUCUGACGCUUUCACUUACUAAAUAAAUAUGACUUUCCUUCAUUUUGAACCACACAAAUGCACCUUUGAAAGUAUGUCAGCAGUUUUGUCCUAGGCAAUAGAUGUGUGAGAAGUGAAAAUUCUAAUUCAUCACGUGCUGUUGCUUUGUUAUUUUAGUUUGUUCUAGUUUGUUUGCUUUUCGUGGUUGGUUGUUGUUGUUGUCUGCUUGAGAAACAGAGAUAGAAAGAGAAAUGAGGGAGAAAGAGGUUGAUUCCCAGUGUAACCCAGGCAACCAACGCUGGCUUAAAUUAAUAACCUUGUCUCUUCAGUACACCCCUCUUCGAAUACUAGAAUUACAGGCAUGAAACAGCAUUUACUGCCUAGA